AUGAACCGUCGUUGUGGUGGCAAUCAACUCACCACGACGCCGAUAUUCAAGGCAUGGUCACUUCAUGAUCGGUUGUACGGAUCAAGGAGCUGGCCUGCCCAGGAGGGCACCAGAUCGGGAGGACAGCAAAGCCUUCUCCGGCAACAACAAGUUGAAGUGCUCAGCGGCGGAGAAAAUACUGAGGUGACUUAUGGAAUUCAUGUUCAAAGAAUAUGCCGUGAUGUCCUUGGAGGCAUGAAAUAA